CUCUCAUGUUGUCUCCAAACACGCGCCGUCUGUUCUUACUUGCUUUCUCUUUUACACACGUUUUGAUGACGUGUUUCAAUUAGUGUUCUCUAUUUUGGCGCCAUCUUCAAGGAUUUGGUUCCUGAAUGAACCCUUGAAGAGGUAAGCCCCUUGAAAAUGCAGAACCAACGAGAAAUCAGUUCUUUCCCUUUACCGCCGAACUACCAGAGCAAACUGCUUUCAGCUGGAUAUUUGAUUGUUGAUGACUUGAAAGAUGUAAAACCAACUGAACUAAGUGAAGAUUUGGAGAUAAGCCAUGAAGAAGCCAUGGAAAUUCUGAACUGUAUACACAAGAAUGGUACUCCUUUAAAGACUGUGACUUCUGCUGGAAAGACUGUGUCAGCUUUUGAUUUAUUACUCAAAGAACAGAACAUGCAGAGUAUUGUGACAUUUUCUGAGAAAUUGGAUUCCAUGCUGAAUGGCGGUGUACCAUUGGGCAAGAUUACUGAAUUCUGCGGGGCUCCAGGCAUUGGUAAAACCCAAAUGUGCAUGCAACUGGCUGUCGAUGUCCAGAUUCCUGAAUGUUUCGGAGGUGUGGAAGGAGAAGCCAUCUACAUAGACACAGAAGGCAGUUUUAUUGUUGAAAGACUUCAAGAUAUUGCUGAGGUGACUGUUUGCCAUUGCCAGAAUCUCGAUACAGAUGGUGACUCUCCUGUCACAUUCACCACUGACAAAGUACUAAAUGGGAUCCAUUACUUCCGUUGUCGGGAUUAUGUAGAACUCCUGGCUAUCAUACACCUGCUUUCGGAACUCAUUAAGGAUCGUCCUAAGGUGAAACUGGUCAUCAUUGAUAGUAUAGCUUUUCAUUUUCGUCAUGACUUUGAAGACAUCAGACUCAGGACUUGUUUGUUAACAACCAUUGCCCAAAGUCUCAUCCAAAUUGCAAACAAACAUGCGUUAGCAGUUGUAUUAACAAACCAAAUGACCACUCGCAUAAACUACAGCAACAACAAUUACAGCUCUUCCAGCUACAUGAACACGAGUGACACAAGUCAAAACAUGAUCCCUGCCUUAGGGGAGAGUUGGGCUCACAUCUCUACCAUACGUAUCAUCCUCUACUGGAAAGACAACCAAAGAAAGGCAUUGCUGUACAAAUCACCUGAACACAAGGAGGACGUUGUUUCCUUUCAGAUAACUAUGGGUGGUAUUCGUGAUGUGGUCAACCGUGGCCCAACAGAAGAGGAACCAGAACAUGGUGUGGUUGCUGCAGCUGAAGAACCAGCCACAAAACGUCAGAAAACAGUUUGACAAAUGAUGGAGACUCUUUUAUGAAAUUGUGAACAUAAAUAAUUACUUUUUCGAUCUAAUAAAUUGUAUAUAUACACACUGA